UCGUUUACGUGGGUAACGUCAAUGCCACAAGCUCUUCUACUGUACCUCUGUCCAGAUUCCAGAUACACGCACUUUUCGCACAACAAGGAAAUUACGGAAUGUUUCUCUUCAUCUCUUCCUGGAUAUAGAUUCUACGCACUUUUCGCCCGAGGAAAUUACGAAAUUUUUGUCAUUUUCAGGAGGAAAUUACGAGAUUUUUUUGUGUGGGGAUUUUUUUUUCUUUUUCUGACGCGGUAAAAGCUAGCAGACACCAGAAAGAACCAUGAGGGACCACCACCACCACCACCAUCUCCUCCUCCUCGCCUCCCUCCUGUUCCUGUGGGGGUGUGGCCUCCCUAUGGCGGAGGGCGCCGCUGUCAAGGCGUCGCGGCGGGCAGGCUGUGACUACCACGGCAAGCUGUACGUUGCAGGCUCCAGGUUCCAGCCCGAGCCCUGUAUCAACUGUCACUGUCCGCGCCGAGGGGGUGUGGCUAAGUGUACGGUCAAGGACUGUAUGGUAGAACGACAUUGUGUUAGUUACAGCAACGGGACCAACCAGUGUUGUCCUAAAUGUGAGGAAUACGGCUGUCGGCAUACAGACGGUAAACUGUUCCAACAAGGGGAGGUCAUCCGCCACGAGCCCUGUGUCCGCUGUUACUGCCCGGUAGGCGGCGGAGACCCGGUGUGUGACGUCACGGAUUGCCCUCUGUCACAGUGCGUGGAUCCUGUCAAGGUGGAAGGAGUCUGUUGUCCCGUCUGUCCCAACGGCCCCAACUGUCAGAUCGGCCUGCUCACACUUCCUAUCGGCCAGUCUGUGGUCAUAGAGGGCGCCACCUGCACGUGCGAGAGCUUCACAGACGUAGAUGGGGAGAAACGAACCCUGGCCCGCUGCAAUAAGUACUGAGCACGCUGCUGACGUCUACACAUAGAGAGACACAAGGAAGAUAUGAACCUCAACCCGCUACACACGACUUACUACUUACGUUGACACGUAAAAAGAUACAAAGAAGGGGACAGAGAGAUAAGCGCGCAAAUCCUGGCAUAUGAAGAAAAUAACUUUGUUACCUCCCUUGUUAUGCUUGAUAAAGCUGCUUUUAUUAUAACUUUAGUACUGACGAUUUUCAUCAUCAAGUGGGAGAUCUGUGACAGGCAUCGACGAUAAUGGUACGCCAUUCAUUCCUUUGCUCAGAUGCUCUCUCUCAACCCCCCCCCCCCCCUCCACAAAAUAAAAUCAAAGUAAGUUGUCCCGUCUACGGCUACCUCGUUUGCCUUCAACCUAACUAGUGAGAGCUAGAUGUUCAAGGCACUUAUGUCUGUUCAAGUCUCCCAGAAUUUGCAAAUGUCUCUUUCAAACUGGUUUUUAUCAGCAAGUGACCCACGUGGGCUUUUACAUGUACUACCUCAUUUGAUUUUUUUUCUUUCCAAGAAAUUCUUAACAGUUUGAUGAGAAACAACAUUUCCGUUGCUUCAAUUUUUUUUUCACUAACUUCAGCGAUUAUCCAACAUUCACAGCUAUAAUAUAGAAAGGUUGAUGACACAUAGCCUUUUAAAUCCUUUGCCGAUUUUAAGGAUCUAAAACUUCAUUAAAUUAAAAUCUAUUGAUUCCAUAUAACUAUUCUUAUGACUACUGGAAAUCUUAGAAGUACCAAUCCCUGCAUCAGUGUGUGUGGGUGAACCUUGGACCAUCAAUGAACUCAAGUAGGCAGAACGGCAAAAGACAGAAUUUUAUAUUGCAGAAAGAUAGCAGAGUCAAAUACCAUCACAAUAAUUAAUUAAUGCUGGGGACAAUUCGACAAAUGGAAAGAUUUGCGUUAGGAUAUGCAUGCUUUCCGGCCCUCGUCAUUUAAAAAAAAAUCCAUCCCAUGGAGUUAUUUGAAUUAGAUCUAUCUUGUAGCUUAUUCGGUUUUUUUACUUUUGAUGAAAAAAAUUAUAAAAGUUAAGAUACUUGCGAGUUAAAAAGGUAAACAAUAAAAAAGCGAGAAAACGGUUGUUAAUGUAUGAUGACAACCAAAGCCUGACUGUCCUUGGUAACUGCAAAGUUACAUUAUAACGUUCAUCAGUCAAAAUUCAAACAUAAAUAUGUUUAAAUAAGGACGUGAGAGCUUUGUGCAAAUGAAAAAGAAGAAAAGAAAACAA